GAGAGUACUUCCCGGUGCCCGAGGUGCAGCAGCUCGAUCUCGACAUCGGCUUCGUGCUGACCAGGCGAGAGAAACGGCGCGUGAGGAGGCUCGCGAAUGACGCCAUCGAGAGCUUGAAUUGGAUGCAUGGCGCGCGCUGGCGAGAGGCUGGCUGCGCGCAGCCGCGCUUGGCGACCUUCGAUAUGCUGGCUGGGUUGCGUCGGGGCGCGCAGCGGCGGGCGCAGCUGGCCGCGGCUGGCUGGCGGCGAUCGAGCAGCGCGACUUCGUCGCAGCAGGCUCUUCCACAGCUGAUGCGGAAUCACGGCCCCUAUGCCGAGGCCCGAGCUAACCUGGCCUCCUUCGUGCGCGACCGGCUCAGCAUCCCCGAGGACGUCAGGCGGGCACCUCGAGUGGAUGGACUGCUGCCGGAUGCGGCGUUGAAUGUUUUGAAGGAGUACGAGAGCUGCAUGCUGAGGCCGCCGGAGGAGGUGGCCGCCCUCGACGAGACGCCGGGCCCAGUGCGGCCCUACGCAGACCCUGUGCUGAAGUCCAAUCGGAAGGUGUACGUGGGGUUGGUCAAGAGGACUGCUUCCUUCCACAGGCUGAGGUUCCCGAAGGAGUCGAAGCUCGACGAGUACUUAGCCUGCCCCGAGGCAUGGGCCUCCGAGCUCGGGCUGGCCUGGUGGGAAGGGCGGCGGGUUGAGAGGGGCAUGGUGUUGUACCCGCUCGCGCAGUCCCUCCCCAUGGGCUGGGCGUGGAGCCCCUACGUUGCGCGGGAGGCCAACGCCCGGCAGAUGGAUUUGACCAAGGAGCUGAGGGGCGCGCACCUGCUUCAGGAUCGUGGGCCGCCGCUGGUGCUCCAGGGAGGAAGAGACGACGCCGGGCGUGGCAAGUACUGCUACGUCGACAACUUAGGGCUGACGGUGCACGAGACGGAGGUGGCCUGCGAGUGCGGGGUGGUCUUGGGCAUCGAGGUGGGCGGAGCUCGGGGCCGGACUCGGCCGACGGCCAAACGGUUCUGGCGCGCGCGGGGCUCUAUCCAGGAGGUGUUGCGGCGCGGUGUCUGCAGCGGGCAGGAGCUCGAGGUCCUGGUGGGGCAUAUGACGUUCGUGGGCCUUAUCAGGCGGGAGCUGCUGUCCAUCCCCCACGGGGCCUACAGGUUGGUGAAGAAGCUGUGCUACGAGAAGGCGCCGCUGUGCGUGAAGGAGGAGAAGGCCUUCUGUGGUGCCAUGGUUUUCUUGGAAGCGAAGUGGGUUCCCGGAGUUGCCAGCCCACUUGCUACAUGGAUCGCGGUGGAGCACAGUGAUGGCGGACAAGUGGAGUGGAGGCGCGAAGAGGGGGUCAUUCACCUGGAGGCCCGGGCCGUGCUGAAGGGGAUCGAGCGCCUUGCCAGGUCGAUGGGGUCUACGACGACGUACGGACUCAAGACGGGCAUCAAGCUGGCGAGUCAGACGAUCAAGAGCAUGAGCGAGACUGACGAGAGACUGAAGCAGAAUUUGGAUACAGAGAGCUACCAUCAGAGGCGCACGAGCAGGAGCAAGGAGAGCGAGAAGGUGAUGACCAGCGAGAGCGAGGAGGCGAAGAGGAUCGAGAGCAGCGAGCAGAGAGGAGUGGAGCGGGGCGCGGUCGGGCGAUCGCGGACGCUGGCGGCUGCUGGCGAGAGGCGCCGGCGCUGGAGCUCGCUGGCGGCGGAGGCAAGGCUGCCGGCGCGGGCCGUAGACGCCGGCUCGACCGUCGGAGACGACGAGGGCGACUUCGCGUCCGAGGAGGCGGCGACCGAGGCGGACCGCAAGGAGGGGCGGCUGGCGCGGCAGCGGGCGCAGCGGCGGGUGGCGCGAGUGGCCGAGAGGAAGACGACGAUGCUUCUUGGCCAGAGCUACCUGAAGGCGGCGGGCGUGUCGGAGGCCGGCCGAGUCCGGUGUCGGUCGUGCGAGCAAGAGCUCCUGGACUUCGCCGACCGGGAGAGCAUGGCGCUUCGCGAGGACGGCGAGGUAGGCGAGUGUCUCGUGGCGCGGAUGAACUCGAGGAGUCGGCUCGGGGACCGCGCGGAGCGAGGCGAGUGCACGGUGGCCGCCCUGGUGUUCGCCUUCCCGAAUUCCGAGCGGGAUGGGGGCCGGCGCGCGCCACGGCCUCUUCAGGGCCUCAGAAGGUGGAGGAUGCUCUGCCCGAAUUUCGGUCGGCGGCCGCUGCUUUGGAGCGCGUGGGCCGCUCUGGCGGUAAAGCUGGUGAUGAACUCCGAGAAGAUGCGCUGGGUGGGCCCAGUGUUUGCGCACCUGGCCAGAGGCUCGUCUGCGGAGAGGCUGUUCCCGCGGGGCCACCAGCAGCGCGGUCGACCGGUGCGAGGAGCAGGACAUCAGGCGCUGAUCCCCGCGGUGGCCCAUCAGGCGGGGCACGGCGGGAUCAGCCUCGACCGUGCCUUCCGUUUUUGGCCCCAGGAAGAGGCCAUGAAGAGCCGGAGGUGGUCAUCAUUUCGCUCGACCGUGCGCCGCGAGAAAACAGGACGCCUGACCGAGGCGCGAGGGAGAUGGGACCCCGACGCGCAGGCGUUCGCCCUCGACUGCGAGGGGCGCCUGGAAGACGCGUUCCCACGCGGGGCGCCGCUGCCA